GACUCUCUCUAUAGGUUCCGUCUUUGAUUACGGAUAUUGCUAAUCUCUCUUCUCCGGUCACCGAAUUCGUGGUAGAUCUGUUGGGCAAAAAGGGUUGGGAUCGUGUUUAGAUAAUGCACGAGAAUGAUGAUCUUCCGCAUGAUUCCGUUGAUUCUAUAGCUGAUGGAAUUAAGAAUGAUGACGACGAGUCUAAUGGGCAAGAAGAAGAAGAGCUUGAUCCUGACCAGGGAACAGCUUUCGUUGAUAGUAAGGAAGAUAUGUUUGUUGAUGCUCCUGAAGAGUUGAAUUUUGAUACACCUAGCAAGGAAGCUCUUACUACAGAUGACGAUGAUAAUGAUGACCUUGUGAAUCAUUUCAAUAAUGAGAAGGAGGAUUGGGAGAGGGAACUUGCAGGGCUUCAGGAGCAGUUUAAGCUGUUGACUGAUGGGAAUGAUUUGAAAGGUGAAGAUGGGAACACUACUGAGGAAAUUGUCAGUCGGUUCUCGAAGUUUCUUAAAACUGCCAAGGAAGAGCGAAUUCAGCAUGAGGUUGCACUCAAGGAGCUUCACGGGGUUAUUAGUGGGAAGGACGAGGAGAUUGCUGAUCUCACCACAAAGAUCUCUGAGCUUUCUUCGUCACAGUCGGUUUCCGAAAUGGGAGAUCAGGCACAGAACUUGGAGCACAUUGAGGCUGCAACGGAUAGGAUUAUGGUUUCUCUUAGUAAUGUAUUUGGGCAGGAGGAGCUGCAGUAUGGUUCUUCUAUCAUUGAAAAGCUUGCUCAUUUGGAGAACCGAGUUUCGUUUUUAGGUGCAAAGUAUACUGAAUUUUACUAUGGUGCUGAUCAGUUAAGGAAGUGUUUGUCUAGUGAUGUGUUGGAUCUUAGUUUCCAAGAGGAUUUUGGUUCAGCUCUCGGGGUUGCUUGUUCUGAGCUUCUUGAGCUCAAACAGAAGGAAGCAGCCUUUUUGGAAAGACUUAGUAAUCUAGAAGAUGAAAAUAGGAAUUUUGUUGAACGAGUGGACAGAGAUAAAGAAAUGAUUGAUUCAAUGAGAACAGAAUUUGAAAAAUUGAAGGCAGAGCUUGAGCAAGAAAAGACAAAGUGUACUAACACAAAAGAAAAGCUCAGCAUUGCCGUAACAAAGGGGAAGGCGUUAGUUCAGAAUCGGGAUGCUCUGAAGCAUCAAUUAUCUGAAAAAAUAACAGAGCUUGCGAAUAGGUUGACUGAAUUACAAGAGAAAGAGAUUGCUCUUGAAAAUUCUGAAGUAGUGAAGGGGCAGCUGGAACAAUCGUUAGCCGAAAAGACGGAUGAACUUGAGAAAUGCUAUGCUGAAUUGAAUGAUAGGUCCGUAUCCCUGGAAGCAUAUGAGCUAACAAAGAAAGAGUUGGAACAGUCUCUGGCUGAGAAAACCAUAGAACUUGAAGAGUGUUUGAUGAAACUACAAGAGAUGUCAACAGCAUUGGAUCAAUCUGAACUCGACAAAGGCGAGUUAGCCAAAUCCGAUGCUAUGGUUGCAUCAUAUCAGGAAAUGAUAUCGGUGAGGAACUCUACCAUUGAAAAUAUUGAAAAUAUCCUGUCAAACAUAGAUACACCUGAAGAAGGUCAGUCUUUUGAUAUCGUUGAAAAAGUUAGGUCACUUGCAGAAGAGAGGAAAGAGCUCACAAAUGUUUCCCAGGAAUACAACAGACUAAAAGAUUUGAUCUUUUCCAUUGACUUGCUACCAGAGGAGAUUUCUCAAUCCAGCUUAGAAAGUCGCCUAGCUUGGCUUAGAGAAUCUUUUCUCCAGGGAAAAGAUGAAAUUAAUGCCUUGCAAAACCGGAUCGAAAGUGUAAGCAUGUCUCUUUCAGCAGAAAUAGAGGAGAAAAAUAUCAUUAUAAAGGAACUGGAUGAUUUAACUUUCAGUUUGAAAAAAAUUGAGGAAACUGCGGAGCGAGGUUCUUUGGAGAGGGAGGAAAUUGUGAGGAGACUUGUGGAAAUCUCUGGCUUGAUGACAGAAGGAGUCGAAGAUCGUAAUUCUUCAGCAAUCAAUUUACUUGUUGAUAGAUCUUUCGAAAAGAUAGAAAAGCAAAUCAGAGAUUCUAGCGACAGUUCUUAUGGCAACGAAGAAAUAUUCGAAGGCUUUCAAAGUCUCCUUUAUGUGAGAGAUCUGGAGUUUUCACUUUGUAAGGAAAUGCUUGGAGAGGGAGAGCUGGUUAGCUUUCAGGUCAGCAAUCUCUCAAAUGAGCUAAAGAUCGCAUCUCAAGAACUUGCUUUCGUGAAAGAAGAAAAAAUUGCGUUGGAGAAAGAUCUUGAGCGAUCAGAGGAGAAAUCUGCUUUGCUCAGAGACAAACUUUCUAUGGCUAUCAAGAAAGGCAAGGGACUAGUCCAAGAUAGGGAAAAGUUUAAAACUCAGUUGGAUGAGAAAAAUUCUGAAAUCGAAAAGCUGAUGCUCGAGUUGCAGCAGCUAGGUGGUACGGUUGAUGGCUACAAGAAUCAGAUAGAUAUGUUAUCGAGGGACUUAGAGCGCACGAAAGAGCUAGAGACUGAGCUUGUUGCUAUUAGAGAAGAAAGAGAUCAACUCAAGCAAUCCUUAUCUCUAAAUGACACGUUGUUGCAGAAAGUGAUGAAAUCAAUCGAAAUUAUAGAUAUCCCUAUUGAUUUAGCAGUAUCUGAGGAUCCUUCAGAAAAGAUUGACCGACUUGCUGGGUACAUCAAAGAAGUGCAGCUGACUAGAGGUGAGGUUCAAGAAGAACUAGAGAAAGUAAAGGCAGAAGUUGAUGCGUUAGCCAGUAAAUUAGCAGAAACCCAAACAGCCCUGAAAUUGGUUGAGGAUGCCUUGUCUACUGCAGAGGGUAACAUCAGUCAGCUUGCUGAGGAGAAUAGAGAAGUCCAAGCUGCCAAGGAAAAUGUUGACCUUGAGCUGCAAAAAGCAGUUGCAGAUGCCUCCUCUGUAGCUAGCGAACUGGAUGAAGCUUUUGCAACCAAAAGCACACUUGAGGCUGCACUCAUGCAGGCUGAAAGAAAUAUAUCUGAUAUUAUUAGUGAAAAGGAAGAGGCUCAAGGCAGAACUGCUACUGCAGAGAUGGAGCUAGAGAUGAUGCAAAAAGAAUUUUCAAUUCAGAUGAACAAAUUAACAGAAGCCCAUGGCACCAUAAAUUCACUUGAAGAAACACUUGCUCAGACAGAAAGCAACAUGGAUUCUCUGUCCAAACAAAUUGAAGAUGACAAAGUUCUUACUACAAGUUUGAAGAAUGAGUUAGAGAAGCUUAAAAUUGAGGCCGAGUUUGAGCGUAGCAAGAUGGCCGAUGCUUCCUUGACAAUAGGAUCCCUUGAGGAGGCACUAAUGAAGGCAGAGAAUAGUCUUUCUGCUUUACAAGGAGAAAUGGUGAAAGCUGAAGGCGAGAUAUCAACUCUCAGUAGUAAACUUAAUGUAUGCAUGGAAGAGUUAGCUGGAUCAAGUGGAAACUCACAGAGUAAAUCUUUGGAGAUUAUUGCUCAUCUUGAUAAUCUCCAGAUGCUACUGAAGGAUGGAGGUCUAAUUUCCAGAGUGAAUGAUUUCCUUCAAAGGAAGUUCAAGAGCCUUAGAGACGUGGAUGUCAUUGCUAGAGAUAUCACACGAAAUAUUGGUGAGAAGGGAUUACUGGCAGCGGAAAUGGGCAACGCUGAGGAUGAUUCGACUGAGGCAAAAUCGUUGUUGAGUGACCUUGAUAAUUCAGUGAACACAGAGCCGGAGAAUAGUCAAGGGAGUGCAGCUGAUGAAGACGAAAUUUCUUCAUCCCUUAGGAAGAUGGCAGAGGGGGUCAGGCUGAGAAACAAAACCCUCGAGAAUAACUUUGAGAGUUUCUCAACUUCCAUUGAUACUCUCAUAGCGGCGGUGAUGCAAAACAUGACAGCAGCUAGGGCUGAUGUGAUAAAUAUUGUGGGUCAUAAUGCGUCCUUGGAAGAACAGGUGAGGAGUGUGGAAGAUAUUGUUCGCGAACAGGAGAACACUAUAUCUGCAUUACAAAAAGAUUUGUCAUCUUUGAUGUCUGCAUGUGGUGCGGCUGCCAGAGAACUGCAGUUGGAAGUGAAAGAUAACCUCUUAGAGUUGGUUCAGUUCCAAGAAAACGAAAACGGUGGUGAGAUAGAAUUAACUGAUGACCCACAGGAGCUUCAUGUAAGUGAAUGCGCCCAAAGAGUAAAAGAAUUAUCUUCUGCCGCAGAAAAGGCAUGUGCCACUCUUAAGCUCUUUGAGACAACAAAUAAUGCAGCUGCUGCUGUAAUCCGAGAUAUGGAGAACAGACUAACAGAAGCAUCUGUCACUUUAGAAAAGGUUGUAUUAGAAAGAGAUCUAAACCAAACUAAGGUUUCAAGUGCUGAGGCCAAGGUGGAAUCUCUGGAAGAGCUUUGCCAAGACGUGAAACUUCAGUUGGAAAAUCUCAGAGUGAAGGAAGAGAAAUGGCAUGAAAAAGAGGUGGAACUGUCUACGUUAUAUGAUAAACUAUUGGUGCAAGAGCAAGAGGCAAAGGAAAAUCUAAUUCCACCUUCUGAUAUGCGUGCCCUUUUUGACAAAAUAAAUGGUAUUGAGGUGUCUUCAGUAGAUCUAGUCAACGGAUUAGAUCCACAGAGUCCAUAUGAUGUAAAGAAGCUAUUCGCGAUUGUUGAUAGUGUUACUGAGAUGCAGCAUCAGAUAGACAUCUUAUCAUAUGGACAAAAAGAGCUCAAUUCCACUUUGGCAGAAAAGGAUCUUGAAAUUCAAGGUCUAAAGAAAGCGGCUGAAGCAGAGAGUACGACCGACCUAGAGUUAGUGAAGGCAAAGACUGAACUGUCCAAGCUAAUAUCUGGCUUGGAAAAACUGCUGGGUAUAUUGGCAGGCAAUGAACCUGUUGUAGACCCAAACUUCUCCGAGUCAUGGACACUCGUACAAGCACUAGAAAAAAAGAUAACUUCCCUUCUCCUAGAAUCAGAGAGUUCAAAAUCAAGGGCCCAAGAACUUGGUUUAAAGUUGGCCGGUAGCGAGAAACUUGUCGACAAACUAUCAUUAAAAGUCAAAGAAUUUGAAGAGAAACUUCAAACCAAAGCGAUUCAGCCUGAUAUUGUUCACGAAAGAAGCAUCUUCGAAGCACCGAGAGCACCUUCUACCUCAGAGAUAUCCGAGAUUGAGGACAAGGGAGCCUUGGGGAUAAAAUCAAUAUCACCGGUGCCUACAGCAGCACAAGUGAGAACAGUGAGGAAGGGAUCGACGGAUCAUCUUUCAAUUAACAUAGAUUCAGAGUCCGAGCAUCUGAUGAACCACAACGAAACAGAUGAAGAUAAAGGACAUGUUUUCAAGUCUCUCAACAUGUCUGGUCUGAUUCCAACGCAAGGAAAGAUGAUAGCAGAUAGGGUUGAUGGAAUAUGGGUCUCAGGUGGAAGAGUAUUAAUGAGCCGUCCUCAAGCAAGGCUUGGCGUAAUGGUAUACAGUCUCUUAUUGCAUCUGUGGCUCCUAGCCUCCAUCUUAUUCCUCCUCACAAACCCCAAGCGGCUCAAGCGGUAUGGCUCAUGGGCUAUGGUCACUGGAGCCACCGAGGGGAUCGGACGCGCCUUUGCUUACGAGCUGGCCAAACACGGCCUUAACCUCAUCCUAGUCAGCAGAAACCUUUCGAAGCUCGAAUCUGUUUCUGAUGAUUUCCAACAAGAGUUUCCCCAUAUCAAGAUCAAGAUCAUUCCAUUUGACUUCUCCUCUGAAGGAGGAUAUGGAGCAAUCGAGGAAGGGAUAAAAGGCCUUGAAGUUGGGAUUCUAAUAAACAACGUUGGUAUUACUUAUCCACGGGCCAUGUUCUUCCACGAGGUUGACCAACUUACAUGGACCAAAAUCCUGAGGGUUAAUCUUGAAUCCACCACUUGGGUCACACGAUCACUCAUCGGACCAAUGCUUCACCGCCGCCGAGGAGCCAUCGUCAAUAUUAGCUCCGGUGCUGCCGUUGUUGUCCCUUCUCAUCCUCUCUACGCCAUCUACGCCGCAACCAAAGCUUAUGUUGAUGCACUAUCAAGAUCUCUACAUGUGGAAUAUAAGCAGUUUGGUAUUGAUGUCCAGUGCCAGGUACCCUUAUACGUAGCAACAAGGAUGGUGUCCGAAGUGGCAGCUAUAGAUAAACCAAGCUUCUUUGUACCGUCGCCUGAAGUCUACGCAAAAGCGGCGGUGGAGCAGAUCGGAAUUGGAUCACGUUGCUCGCCGUUUUGGGCUCAUUCCCUUCAGUGGUUUCUUGUCGGACUUGUGCCGGAUAACCUCGUUGAUACUUGGCGUCUCUCUAUCGGACUUCGCAGAAGAAGUUUAUCUUAAAAUGCUUAUGAUCAUAUUUCAAGUUUUUAUCUGCAUAUAGGAUAUAGCAAGUGGCUCCUCCACCUUUCGUGGGAUAAAUAUAUGGCCCAUUGGGCC